AUGAAAGCUGCGAAGAAGUACGGCGUCGCCUGUGAGACGACGAACCCGUCGGCUGCGAUACGCGCACAGCUGCCGGUGUGGUACCAUGUUGGGCGAUCUGAGGGGAGGAUCUCAGAAAACUCGAAAAGCUGUAAAUGUCUGCGCGACGCUCACCAAGUCCGAACGGUCAGCCAAUGCGCUGAAGUUGCGACCCGAUUAGACAGCGAGGAGCAUGAGCACCGCCCACAUCGCGGAUGCCAGUGCGAGCACUGCCGGAGAGACCGCGACCUGUAUGGGUGUGAUAAUCCCCAUCGCUGCGCGUCGGCCGCGGCCCUCAUUCUAUCCCGGUUAACGAGCAAAUGGAGCUUGACGAGAGAGGACAAUAACGACGGGCUUACUCUCACUCCGCGAAGGAAGAGGGCGAAUGAGACGGCGAGGAUAGAGAAUGACCGAAUACUCUUUGACCCAACGAUCGCGACGCCCGAGCCCCUCAUGGAGGCAAUGAGAGUCUUCGUACCGAAUGCGCCUGAAGACCAGAGGCCGGCCUUGCGCCCGAUGCCCCCCUUCCAGGUUCGACGUGAGGAAGUUGAGAUCUUCACCGACGGAUCGGCAGUGGGGAAUGGGUCGGGGAAUGCGCGCGCAGGGAGCGGAAUCUGGUUUGGGGAUGGAGACGCGAGAAAUGAAGGAGCGAGAGUACCGUAUGAUCCACAGACAAACCAAGUCGCGGAGAUGUAUGCGGUUGAGAUGGCACACCGCAGGACGCCGCCGCACGCACCUAUGCACAUUGUCAGCGAC